UGCACUCAGGUUGCAACUACGGUGCAGAACAAUGCCGCAAACUACCGUAUCAGAAAGUUCUUACGAGGCCACGGAUGUGCCCGGCUGGCUGAACGAGAUGUACGUAGAAACCAUUCUGCGUUGCGCUCUAAAGGACCCUUCGCUGAAACUCUCACAGCUACAGACUACCUAUGUGGUGCCGAAAGGUGAAAACUUUGCCAGCAUUAUCUACCGCAUUCGCGUUACAUUUCGAUCGCAGCAAAAGUUUGAAACCACCCGGACCUUCGUGGUAAAGGGCAUGAUCACCGACGGCAUAGCUGGGGAGAAACUGCGGCAGUACGACGUCCAGCGUAAGGAGAUGGAUGUGUAUCAGUUUGUGGUUCCCGAGCUGAAGCGUAUGAUGGGAGCGAUCGGCGACCGGGGAAGGCUCUAUCCCUGCGCUAUCGCUGUCGAUCGGACCCGCGAGGCCAUAUUCUUCAAGGAUCUGUCACCGGAUGGGUACGUGAUGGCUGACCGGACGCAGGGCAUGGAUAUGGUGCACCUGAAAUUGGCCGUCCAAACCAUGGCCAAGAUGCACGCCGGCUCGAUCAAGCUGCGCGAACAGCAGCCCACCAUUUUCGAGGGCUACACAACGGGCAUGAUCACCCGGCAGACGGAUGCUUUUCAUCCCAUGUUUAACCUGAUUUUUGGCGCCCUGAUGGAGGAGAUCGACCGGUGGGGACCGGACUGGCAGCACUACCACCGGAAGCUGCAGAAGAUGCGCCCCAACUUCGUCGAGUACGGACUGCGUGUGUUCGACAACGACCCGGAUGGGGACGAUCUGUGCGUGUUCGUGCACGGCGAUCUGUGGGUGAACAAUCUUCUCUUCAAGUACGACUCCCAGGGCCACCCGAUCGAUGCCGUGAUCCUGGAUUUCCAAUACUGCUGCUACGGUACCCCGAUGAUAGAUCUGUGCUACUUCUUCUACACCUCGGCCCGUGACGAUAUCCGGCAGACCUGCUACGAAGAGAUUCUCCAGUACUACCACACGGAGCUGGUGGAGUGUGCCCGACGGCUACAGUGCCGUACAAAGCUGCCGACACUCUAUCAGUUCCAGCAGCAAACCCAUCGGAAACUAUUUUACGCCGUUUAUGCCACCUUCAUAGCACUGCCGGUGCAGAUGAACGAAGCCACGGAAAACGCCGAUUUCGAGGCGCUGAUGUGUAACGACGAGCGGGCACAACGCUUCAAGCAGAUGAUUGUGGCGAAUGUCAAAUACCACCACAUUCUGCGAGGCUUGCUGCCACAGUUCGAUCGCAAAGGGCUGCUGGACGAGCUCUACUAAAGCCCUUUGGGGUAUCUUCCGAUGCAGCGAUAUCUCCGGACCUUCCGAACAGCUAACGCGGCUUUAGACGAAAGCAACCGAUGCCGAUGUUCGAUGCCACGACUGAGUCAGCUAUAAUUCGGCCGUUUCACGAAACCACUGAUUAGCCACUAUCUCCUAGGUCGGCGCGAUGUAAGAUUUGGAUAAGAAUUGCGUAUUCCUGAGAGCUGAUAAGAAAGUUAAGUCGAAGUCUAUCUUUAGCUUCCACCCCAGAAACCCCGACUGCAGGCGUACCGUUUUGGUUUGGCUAAAUGCGUUUCCGUUGACCCACGUGGCACUUUAUUGCGGGGACUAAACUAGAGAAAUGUGCCACCAGGGCACCAACACAUUAAAUAACGUUCGU